UUUGCUUUUGUUUCAUUGUUUUCUUUCUUGAAAUUCAAAGAUUCCAUCCAUUUCCUGUCGUCCAAACACAAAUCACCUCCUCCCCUUUUCCUCUCUGAGGGUCCCGACCAAUUUUUUUUUUUUUCUGGGUUGGGUUAUUAGAACAGUGACAGUUUUUUCAAAUUUUGUUUUGUAAUUUUCUCAGAGCAGUGGCCAUGGCCGAUCAAUUGGAUUUUGACCAGAAACUCACAAACGCAGUGUAAGAGAGAGAGAGAUUGAAGAGAGAGAGGAAGGAAGGAAGGAAGGUGGUGGGAUUGAACCUCUUUUUUCUUCCCUCUUCCUAUUUCCCUCUCCCAGGUUUCUUUCGCCCUUUCAAUCAAUCCCAAAAUUAACCCCAAACAACAAAAUUCGAAGAUCCAUGGAGUAGAGCUUCGUUUUCGGAUCAUGGUUACGUUUCUCGCUACUUCUAACAACAACAACAACAACCCGUAGCGGCGAUUGGAUUUUGGAUGUCGGAUGAUUCUUCUUCUCUGAUUUGAUUUCAUUUUGGGUCUCCUAAUCACUCAGGAUUCGUCGACAUUGCUGCGAGAUUUUCGAGCUCGUGUCAAGCCAGGACUCGAGAAGUAAUGGGAAGGACUGAGGAUAAUGUAGCUAUUAUUGGGGAUUGGGUGCCUCCAAGUCCCAGCCCAAGGACCUUCUUCUCAGCAAUGCUAGGGGAAGAUGUUGGUUCUAGACGAUCCAUGGAUACUACCAGCAGUGAUAAAACUGAGGAACUCUUUCUCAGGCCUCGAGAACAUAUGAUGUCGGAAAAUGCCAUUGCAAGAGGCGGUGAUCUACCAGCAGAGUUGGGUUCGUUCUCGGAGCAGAAGUUCCGGGGGGGUCUUGUGGAUAGGAUAGCAGCCAGAGCUGGAUUCAAUGCUCCAAGAUUGAACACAGAAAGCAUUAGAAACACAGACCAGUCUCUGAAUUCAGAAGUCAAGUCUCCUUAUUUGACUAUACCGCCUGGUCUCAGUCCUACUACAUUGCUAGAUUCGCCAGUUUUUCUUUCAAAUUCGCUGGCUCAGCAAUCUCCAACAACAGGAAAGUUCCCAUUUCUGGCAAAUCUUAGUAAUUGGAGCUCCGUAACGAUGCUUUCUGAGGCCAACAAUAAUGGUGGUAACAAUCCAUUCGAGAAUAACGGUACAUCAUUUGCUUUCAGACCCAUGGUAGAAUCGGGAUCGUCAUUUUUUCUUGGUGCAGCAAGCAAAACAGCUUCUGCCUCUAUUCUUCCGCAAUCUUGUCCAAGAAUUGAGGCUCCAGUUCCCCGUUCAGAAAAUUCUUUUCAAUCUCAUCUUGUAGAACCAUCGCUGUCCUUACCCCAUAAUAGAAUCAGUCAUCAUCCUCAAGCUGGACUCUCUACGCCGCAGAUAGACGAUGGGGCUAAGACUGUGUCGGACGAUCAGAGACCCUUUGAUUCUAUUUGUGGUGGUGGUGAACAUUCUUCUCCGCUCGACGAGCAACCAGAUGAAGGAGAGCAAAGAGGCAGUGGGGAUUCGAUGGCUGGUGGUGCUCCGUCAGAGGAUGGAUAUAAUUGGAGAAAAUACGGGCAAAAACAGGUUAAAGGAAGCGAGUAUCCCCGGAGUUAUUACAAGUGCACAAAUCCAAACUGUCCAGUCAAGAAGAAAGUCGAGCGAUCUCACGAGGGCCAUAUAACGGAGAUCAUCUAUAAAGGGGCUCAUAACCAUCCAAAGCCCUCACCAAACCGCCGAGCAGCAAUCGGAUCUUCCGACUCCCAUAUCAAUAUGCAACUGGAGAUCCCUGCACAAGCAGGCCAACAGAGCGCUGAAGGGCCCCAUUGGGAAGAUUCACAAAAAGGGAUCCCAACUGGAGCUCCUGAUUGGAUGCAAGACAACCUUGAGGUGACAUCAUCAGCAGCAUCCUUGGGUCCUGAAUAUGGCAAUCAGCCUAACCCAUUACAGGCUCAAAAUGGAAGUCAUAUUGAAACAGUUGAGGCCAUUGAUGCCUCAUCCACAUUCUCUAAUGAUGAAGAUGAAGAUGACAGGGGAACACAUGGCAGUAUUACAUUGGGAUAUGAAGGUGAAGGAGAUGAAUCUGAGUCUAAGAAAAGGAAACUUGACGCUUAUGUAACGGAAAUGAGUGGGGCCACUAGAGCGAUACGUGAGCCUAGAGUCGUCGUCCAGACUACCAGUGAAGUAGAUAUUCUGGAUGAUGGCUAUCGUUGGCGCAAAUACGGACAGAAGGUUGUGAAAGGAAAUCCAAAUCCUAGGAGUUACUACAAGUGCACGAAUCCUGGCUGCACGGUGAGGAAGCACGUGGAGCGGGCAUCACACGACCUGAAGUCUGUGAUCACCACAUAUGAAGGAAAGCACAAUCACGACGUGCCUGCUGCUCGCAACAGCAGCCACAUCAGUUCUAGUACAUCCAGUCCAGCAACAGCUCAAAACUCGAGCGUGACGAUUCAAAGUCAUGUUCACAGGCCAGGGCCAUCCCAGGCUCAGAACAACAUUCCAAGAUUUGAAAGGCCAGCCUUUGGCCUUGGUGGAAGACAGCAGAUGGGGACUGCCCAUGGCUUCUCUUUUGGAAUGAACCAACCUGGACUGGGAAAUCUGACAAUGGGGACAGCACUUGGCCAAGCCAAGCUACCUGUUCUGCCAAUGCAUCCAUAUUUAGCACAGGCACAUCAUGUUAAUGGAAUGGGUUUCUUGUUGCCUAAAGGAGAACCCAAUGUAGAACCUACAUCUGAUCUUGGCUUGAACUUUUCCAAUGGUUCAGCUGUGUAUCAACAAAUUAUGAGUAGGCUUCCACUUGGACCUGAGAUGUGAGCUUUUAUUUUACCUUUUAUUUUUCUUUCCCAAUCUCUGUUCACUAGGAAACUAAAAGUUCUUACUACUACACAGUAAUUAUAUAUGAAUACACAUAUAUGACCUUUCCAUCAGUAAAUCCUCUUUUAAUUA